AUGAAGACAUUAUGCUUGGCUCUGAUAUGCCAAUGUUUCGUCACUUUUACAUUGGAACAAAGCUUCGAGAUUUUGAGGCGAAGCAAUGGCAGAGACUCGUUUGAUAUUCCAUCUUCAGUGUGUAAUCCAAAAGGCCCAAAUCCAGCCGUCAGAUGCAAAACAUUGGGUGCUUUUAACCGGAGACGCAAAAAAUGCUCCUGUUUGUGUCCUGGCAGGAAUGCUACAUUUAUGUUUCACCAAAAAAAAUGGUCUUGUCUCCCAAAUGCACAAGGCAGAAGCCACUACUAUCGGGGUAAGAAAAUACAGUCAAACUAUCUGGUACAAAAUUGUUGGGUUCUUAUAAAUGAACUCAGAAACAAAGCUAAUUUUUUAGAAUAAGAGAAAUGGUAAGUUUUGAACUCGGUGAAGAAAUAAAGAAAGAAGUUUUUCGUCUUGUCACGAGCGUGGAGCAAAGAAAAAAAUUAUGAAUUCCCAUGAGGAAACGAACCCCAGACCUUCGGAUUCCGCGCUCCGAUGCUCUACCACUGAGCCACAGACUCUACGGUGAGCGAGGUCUAUUACGAAGUUCAUAUGACACGCGUCCUGCAUACUGCUAGGAUCAGCAAUUUCGAUAGCGUCAUGGGGACUCAGAAUUUUUUCUUUGUCCCUCGCUCGUGACAAGACGAAAAACAUAUUUCUCUGAAGCUACUUUUUGUGCACUACUGAAAAAGAAGGGUCGACAAUGGAGACUUGGUGACUGGAAUUGGGCUCAUCAAUCAAUCUUUCAUCAAUUUUAAGGCAUUUUGAAAACCCGCAGAUUUUUUGCAAUGUUGCUAAAACAAAAACUUUUUCGCUCAAAACCAACGCGGCACUUUAAACUCUUUUCCCAAUACCAUUCCUUGUCGGUUAGCUUUCAAUUUCCUUAUCAUCACAAAACCUAUGGACGCGAUUUCAAGGGAGCAAAAAUUAACAAUCAUCUUUUUCAUACUGAUAUCUCGAUGUCUGUGUGACUAAAGUUGUAAAAUUCGUUUAAGAACAUGGUCCACAACAUUCUUUAAAAAAUUGACGAUUACUUAAGCCAAAUAACUGUCCUUCAAAUCAAGUGAGGUAUUUUUCUGUAAGGCGCUUGAUUGUUGCGGCUUUUCUAAGGUUACUUGCAAAUUCCAAAUUGUCUUUGCCUCAAAAAUUUUGUAUUGACGUGAGCUUAGAAAUUUUUUCAAAACUCCCGUGACUUUUGAACUUAUUUUUGGUACAACGUAAGUAUCUUAAAAAAAGGUUGCGCUUUUUAAGAUUUGCUGGAUUCUCUUUUUGCACCCGCAGAGUGCGUCACGAAAACAAAUCUCUCCAGACAUAAGGAUUUCAAUUGUAAACAAAUUUCAAAGCUGUUGAGCGGCUCAAUACAGCACGAAAAAAUUAUUUUCUUUAGAAUGCUGUCUUUUUAAGACAAGAUGAGGUGUCUACUUAAUUCAUUUUUUCGAGGAACGAGGAGUAACACGCUAUUCCUAGAGAACAAUAAUCGUGGAACCCAGAUGAUGGAAGUAACAAAUUUGGCGCCAUUCUGAUUUAUGACAAGCGAGGGCGAGUUGACUUUGAAUUUUUUGUAACACAAUACAAUUUAUAACGGGAGAGAAAUACAGCACAUUUCAGAGUUCUAGUUACAAGAGAAACCAAAUUUCACAAAGUUGCUUCUGUAUCAUUUAGAUUUUUUCAGCACUUUGAUGAGACUAGGACGAAUUUUACGAGAAAAACAAGAGUAAUUAUCAGUUAUGUUCAAUGGGAAUUUCACCUAAAAAAAAUCAUCUCGCCUCUUAAAAACUACCAUCCCAUGCUUUCUUAGGGAAUAACGAUUUGGUCCGAUGCUAAGAUCGAUAUCAUGUUUUACUGCAUGUCAAUAUCUGUGAGCCAUUCUUGAUGGUUAUGGUUAACACUAUAUUGAUAACUUUUUAGCUCGUAAUUCAUUGCUGAAAAAUGUUCUAACAUUUCUAACUCUCUAGUGCUGUAUUAUUUGGCUCCUACGCCAGGAACUUACUUCAACUAUGCAACAGUGUAAACUCGUAAACACCUUUUUUUAGAAAGCAAAAUAUAAAUUAACGUAGACAAGCAGCGUGGCGGAUAAAUCUUUAUCAAGGUGAUCAAUAGCCAUAAAUCACUUCAUAUUGGGUUCAAGUGUUGGUUUCGUUGUCAUUGGAAAUCGACAAAACAAAGUACAGUCUUUCUUAUAUUAAAUCUGAAAGAAUAUAAACCAAAUAGUAUCCACAAAUGAAUAAUUGUGGCUACAUCAAGCGAACCUCUUACAUUAAUAGUGUACAUUAGCAUUAACAUUAGUGUUAAUCUAUGAGAACCAUUUUUGCUUCUAUCGUGCCAUUUUCCCCAGUGCAAAAAGCCGCGAAACUGGAGGUACAAGUUCCAGAUAUAUUGAACCAAGUUUCUAAAGUAGAAAAAUCUGCUUUAUGACAUUGCGAAAUACCCUUAGUCAGUAUGAUAAAAGUGGAGAGAGAAACGAGCAAAUUAAGUACCUGCCAAAUGAAACAAACAAUUCUACACACUGCAAUUGACCAACUGGAUAGACAGAUCCUUAAAAGUAGUGAAAAUAAAACUACAGAUAUGACACUAGAGAAGAUAUGACAAUAAACGAUUUCAGCCAUACACGCGUCGUAUAUCAAAUUUUACAACGAGUGCUUCUGAAUUCGAAAAUGAUUACAUAAUCAAGCUCUUGCAUGCAUCAAGAAAAAAAUAGUGCUGCACUUCAUGAACAAAGGGCUAACGCUCGAGACAUCAUCUUUAGAAACUCUUAUGGCUAAUUUUCCAUGACUAUGAAUUCAGUUCUCUGAUAAGUUGAAUUGUUAAGAAUCGCAGUAACAGACCUACUUGAACACGAGAGAUGGUAGUUCGUCAGUAAUAAAGAAAGAUGUAGGCGUUCGUUUUGUCAUGCGUGUUGGAAAAAGAAAAGUGUGAGUGGGGUACGCAAAUUCUCUAAGAAUCACUCCAAUGGGAAGAUGCUAUUUGUGAAGCACAAUCUAUUGAGUGUGGUGAUAUAGAACGGCUUUAACGAUGUAACCACUAAAUUAUACCUUAAAAAAAACUCGAACAGAUUUCUCAUAAGCUUUUUUCAUCAAUUUUAGGAUGCAGUUAUACAGCAGCAUUUACCCGGGAGAGUGGAGACCGCCGAAUACCAUCAAUAGGAAUUGGCGAAAGGAGAGACAUGACUCUUCGGCCUGUAUUUGGAUUCUGGUCGCUUUGGACCUGCUCAUUGAAUAUUCCCAUGUCGUGGUUUGCGGAUUGUUGGGAUACAAGACACCGGUUGAGUCAAUAUUCCAAUAUCGUAACGAAACUGUUCAAAAUUGGCCAGCAAAAACCCGCGAAUCCUUACUAUUUAAGGGUAAGCUCCUUUCUCCACCACUAAUUUCAUAUUUGCUAUGCAGCGUUCCCUAACUAUCAUGGCAACAAAGCCUCUGGCUAAGACAUUUCGGAUGCAUCAGUAAGAAUUCAGUUGUGCCUGCGGCGUUUUUAGAGAAUUUUGUUGAAAAUAUUGUGUUUUUUUUAUACUACAAUAUCCAAAGCUUUAUUUAAACAAUUUUAUGACGGUAUUGUGACCGAAAAAAGAAUCAUCUCUUCAUUUCUGCGUCAAUGAACCUAAUUAUGUCAGCAGAUUUUAUCUGCUGAAGAACUGUUAUUGAUGGAGGAUGUAGCAGAAUCUUCCCAAAAUGACCUCUAUUACACAACGAAGACUUUCGAGCAUCCGAGCGGACACGGUUGCGGAAAAAGUAAUUUUUCAUGAUUUUUUUUUCAAUGUAACUACAACGUAGAACAGUUCUCAAUUCAAACAAGGAACUUCUAUAAUAAUUUUCAAAAUAGUAUUCAUAGAAAUUAUGGAAUUGAAAAGGAAAAGAUAAAAAAGAGCCAGUGCUGACGCGGAUAUCCGAACAGUGACGAAAGUUCAUGAGGAUCUCAGUUGUGAGGCCCGGUGACCAUAUAAAACUAUACUGAACCAGUCGGUGUUACUGGUCGAAAACCGAGGCGUUUUCAACUUUGACUGUCUGUUGCAAGCAUAGGCAACAAAUCCUAAAAUACGUAACUGGUCUCCGAAAAACCAAGAAAGGCAGCUGAAAAGCGGUAUCAUCACGAAGUUCAACUUUAAUUUUGUCUCCAAAUAUGUCAGUCGAUCCCAUAUUUCUGCCUAAUAAAUAUUGUGCGAAUGAAACAAUAAACUAAUUUUUGUCACAUUCGGCGGCAAUCUCGGGAUAAUCCUGGCGUCCUUGUUGUAAGCGAGAAUCCCGGUGCUAUGCAGGUGAAAAUCAUGGUGCCAUCCUGACGAAAAUAUUGGUGUUAUUCCUUCCAGGAUCCCGAAGGAAAUUCCGGUGCGAUCCCGUGUCCAAAAUGCCAGAUCUACUUUUCAAACUUAUGAAACACACUUUGAAUGCAUGCAAAUAAAUUAAACUUAGCUUUUUUCACGCAGGUAAAUAGAAAUGUGCCAGGUACCAACCUUUUCCAAGGAAAGAUCAUGAACUUCAUGGUGGAGUGUACCUUGCAGAUUGGACGCUCACUUCUACGAACACGGAGCUGUAUGUUGUUCAAACUGGAAGGAAAGACCACAUGUAUGUAAAUAAGUAUUUUUGCGUCCUGGAGAAUUUUAAAACUCAACACUAAACUCAGGUUAAAUGAGAAGGAAAAAGUCGCCGGACGAGUCUCCUCUUUCAAGUCUUAUUGUGCAAAAUCUGUCAGCCAGUUUAAGACUAGUCAUAGACUACAUUACUGUUUCCUUACAUAACGCGGAUGGCUUGACAGUGACACUGACUGAGGAAUUUUUCGAUCUUGGACGUUCUUUCAUGGAAACUUGCUUUUAGAAAUGCGUUUCAUUUCUUGGCAAUUACAGGCUCUACCAAAGCAAAUCCAAGGCGCGCAAAAGCUAUAAAAGACUGUAAAAUUGUUCCUAUGAUCUUUCGAUGUUCAUCCUAUUGUUAGAGACAUACUGGUGUUUGAGCCAUCAAUAACUAAUCGAGUACAUCUCUGUUCACAGGUCCCGUAAUUAAACCAGUUAUAACAAGUUCCUCCAGCUUGCCAUCGUUAACAUCUUCUCCAGCAUCGCUUACUUCGUCAAACAGCCUCUCUUCCACAGUUACAGCUUCCACACAGAUCUCUCACGGAGUUACACCGACAACUAUCGCCGUCCAAUCUAGCAUCUCCGGAACUUCGCUCUUCCCAACAGCGUCCGCUACCUACAGAAUUAUCUCUGAAAGUUCAUUGAAGGCUUCGACUCUACAACCGACCAUCUCUAAAAUCCACCCACAAGCCUCCAAUUCAAAUUUACACGUUUCUGCAAUGUCACCGACACCAUCUCUUUCACAAUCGAUCGCCUCUGAAGCUUCUCCGGAAGUCCCCGAAACUCAGCCGACCAUGUCCGAAAUUGCACCGGCGCCACUUGAUACCCGAGAAAGAUCUGUAACAGAACCAGCCUUUGAGGGGCCCAGUACCCAAGUGACCAUCAAAACUAUAUCAGCAUCAGCAUCAGUACCAGACACUCAGCCGACUGUCGCCAAAAUUGUACCCACGGAGUCUACAGCUCCAGUGACAGAUCCAGAAACUGCACGGACACUAGACCAGGUGGAUCCAAAUAACAACAAUACUGCACCGAAAACCUUCCCCUCCAAAGUAAGAGAGUUAGAACAAUUAAUCAUUUUCGCUUCGUUGUAGAUGAUCUACAUGAAGUGACGUAGGUUUAGACUCACACCUAAUCAAUACAGAAAGUGAAACUGCAAUUGGUGACAAGCUCUUUAUACGUUUACGAAGAAAACCCAAAAAAUAGUUAAACUGAGAUAUUGUACGCCUCUUCUUGUGUAGUACAAAUUUACUUUUAACUGCAUCAUAUGAGCUCGGAAAUAAAUUUAAACGAAGUGAAACAAAAAAGAAAAAGCAUUCAGAAACUGCUAUGAUAUGACUUCUCAGAAUGGAGAAGAUUAACAUGGAUUACAAAUGAACACCAGGAAAAGUUUGGCUUCUCAAUAUGGAUCACAGUGAAACGUUGCUUUAAAUCUUUUGUUAUUCCUUCUUUGGUACCCAGGCUCCACCCUCUAUCGGAAGCAAGGAUUUAUCUUCCUCAGUUUUCAUCACUGGCAUAGCCGCUGCACUUGUAUUUGCUGCCGUCAUCGCUGUCAUCAUUGCCUAUCGUCGCCACUACUCGAAGUAAUUAUAACCCAGCCAUAACCCAUACUACUGUUUAAUGAUGUUCGAGUGCUUUGUUUUUCUCAUUUCAUUCUGUCAUUAAAAUAGCACUCAUUCCGAAAUUCUUCAUCCACAGUGAAAGGCGUCGCUCAAACUCCAUAGAGACUGUCAGUGAUAGGACAACGGUGAGAUGUUAGGGACCUUUUACUGUCAAACCUCCUGAGAAGUCCUGUGCCAACGUGAAUUGACUUAUAAUUUGAGAAUUCAAGCUUGAUUUGAAGUUGAAAGGCCGGUUUAUUUUCCAUCCUAAGUGCCAUGGAUUUGACUGUUGCUCUCUAACUUUCGAUUUACUGUCAUGUAGGCACACACACUGCAAAUUUCGUGACGUACUUUGUCGGUUAAGGGAUUGAAGAGUUUCACCGGUUCUCAAUUUCAUUUUCUAAUCUCAAAAUCUAAAUUAUAUCGCAGGAAACAAUAGUGAUGAGCCCUCGAAGGAAAAGGUCACACCCAUCAGAUAAAGAUAACAGCAACAACAAUACGCUUGGAUUUAAAAAUCAAAGUAAGUCUGAAAAACAAAAAAUAUUUCGUUCACUGGAGAUCAUUCAUUGGCCAUAAUGCUUUGAUCAGUUUGAAAUGAGGAGUAAACCUAUAGGAUUGCUGUCGAGCUUUGAUCUGAAUUAGUUCAGGGAGGGUGUGGGGUAGGGGUUAGGAAAGGCAUUUUCAGUUUCUGAACAGCGCUAUUUUUUGGAAGCUCCUUCGAUCUCUCUCGUAAUUGUAUCUUUAAUUUUCAGCGCAACGGACGUCGACAAACAGUGUUCCAGCAUGGCUAACCGACCUGUAUCAAUCUCAUGUAAACGGUUCACUUGAGGAAGAAGACAGCACCAGCCAUUUGUACGCCCCGCUUGACAUUCCAACAAUCGCGGCUGAAUUUCACCCAGAACCUUUUUAUCACGUUUUAGAAAAACCUGAGAAACCUCUUGACCAUGCCUCAGAAAAAAAUAGACAUGAUGCCAGUACACACUGCAACAAGAGAGAGCCAUUUUACUAUGUCCUAGAGGGACCUUAUCUCGAUGAUACAGAGAAACCUCCUCAGCGUGGUACCAUUUCAUUAGAAGAACCAAUUUACUGUACCUUAGACGAAGUCUAUCCACGUCGGUCCGGUUCGUCACAUGACACGGGCAAAAAUGAUUCAAUAUACAACGUUUUGGAUAGGCGUUAUUUUAAGAGCUCAAAAGUGCCUGAUCAUUAUGUGUUCGUGUCCCCCAGAGGUGAUAUUUUGAACCGGUUAGAGACACUUCCUAAGGACGCUUCCUCAACUCCUUCUAAUGAUGGCCCUAGAUGUGACUACAUGGAGAGGCACAAGGUCCUGGACAAACGCUUCUUUGAAGAAUCUGAGGUCGCUGAUCAUUACGUAAAAAUUUUCCCUUUCACACUUGAUAACACGAUAAGGCGUAUCGAUUCUAAUUCUUCAAGAAAAUCAAGUUUAGGUCGUCUGUCUACCAACGGACAUUUAGAGGAAUGCUAUUUUCGAAGGUCAAACAUUCCGUCUCAGUAUGUCAACGUGCUGGAUGUACAGGGUUUUAGCGCUUUGGAGAAAUUAGGCUCAAGUCUAAAUUCUUUAAGAAGAAAUUCUUACGUUCAUUCAACUCCCAAUUCUUUGGAAAGACUUGACUGUGCCCUAAAAGGUACAGAUGAACCGGAGUACAGUUCCUGGAGAGAACUUUAUCUUAGGGGCAACGUGGUUCCGAGCGAACGAGGUCCAAGCGCUUUGGAGGAAUUAAACUCAAAUCCAAAUUCUUUACGAAAAACCGCUUGCGUUCAUUCAUCUCUGAAUUCUUUGGAGAGACUUGAUUGUGCCCUUAAAAGCCCAGAUGAACCAGACUACUGUCUUAUGAUGGAAAAUUAUCUUAAGGGAAACGUAGCGCUGAGCAAGCAAGGUUUUAGUGCAUUGGAAGAACUAAGGUCAAAUCCAAACAGUUUAGGGAGAAUCUCUUUCGUUCAUUCAAAUACAAACUCUUUGGAGAGACUUGGAUACGCACUUGAAUGUCCAGAUGAACCAGAUUACUGUCCUAUGAUGGAAAACUAUUCAAGGGCCAAAGUAGCGCUAACUGGACAGGGUUUCGGUGCAUUGGAAGAACUGAGCUCACAACAAAGUUCUCUUAAAAGAACCAUUUGCAUUCAAUCAAAUCCAAACUCUCUGGAGAGACUUGAUUCUGCCCUCGGAAGUCUAAGCGAACCAGAGUACCGUUUCAUGGGUGAACGUUAUCUUAGGAGCAAGAAAGCGCCGAAUAGACAAGAUUCUGGCGCAUUGGGGGAACUAAGUUCAAAUCCAAGUUCUUUAAGAAGACCCAAAUGCGUUCAUUCAGAUCCGAAUUCUUUGGAUAGAGCUGAUCCUGCCCUUAAUUAUACAAAUGAACCAAAUAACGGUUCUUCGAUGGAUUGUUACCUAGGGGACAACGCAACGCUGAACAAAGGAGAUCCUAGCGUAUUAGAGAAAUUAACCUCAAAUCCAAAUUCUUUGAGACGACUCGUUGAAUUUCCAAAUAAACCAAAUUAUAACUCUUCGAUGGAACGUUACCUAAGGGAAAACGCACCGCUGAAAAGACGAGGGUCUAGCGCAUUAGAGGAUUUAAUAAGCUCAAACCCGAAUUCUUUGGGUCGACCUGACCGCGUUCAUUCAAAACGAAAUUCUUUGGAGAGAUCCGAUUAUGUCCUUGAAUGUCCAGAUGAACCAGAAUAUAAAUCCUGGAUGGAACUUAAAAUGUAUUUAAGGGGCAACAUAGCGUUAAGAGAACAAGUUUCAAGCGCGUUGGAGGAAUUACAUGUAAAUCCAAAUUCUUUGGAAAACAACGAUCAAAAUUCUUUAAAGGGAUCUGAUCGCGCCCUCGAAUGUCCAAAUAAACCAGAAUGCAUUUCUGAUAUUUUUGUCACCAGAGGCGAGUCAGGUGACAGCACAGAAGAUGUGGACUUGAACGCCUUAAAACCAACUGAUAGAGAGGAAAGAAACUGUGCAAAUUGUUACCAGGGAAUCACAUUUCGCAGAGGUGCUGUAAUGCGGAAAGAUAAUGCUAAAAAACGAUCUGAGCAGCCUACUGACUGAAUUCAAGACGGAAGUAAGGAGUGCUAAAGUGAAUGGCGCCUUGGCUGGAAACCCAAGGAAACUGAUUGCAUCGAAAAAAUCGAGGCUGAGCACUGAGAAAUUGAAACCGUCUGUACUAUGGAUUCUAGAAGAAUCGGAAAAUCAUUCGUAUAACUGAACAGGCUGCUUCAAAACGGUUCGAAGAGUGGCUUGCUUAGGGCUCAGUAGCAAGUGAGUCAUUUCAGUAAACUAAUUAAGGGCGAAAGUUAAAAGUACCAAAGAUAGAAGCGUCUCAACAAGAACUCUAUGGAAACUGAUCGCCAGCUGCGCUCUGAGAAAUUCUCGUAGUCCGUAAAAUAAACUCCAAACGAAAUCUUUCAAAAUUGCUGGCAUGCUGUCAAAGGGAAACGACCUUGAAAUUACACAAGGGAACUGAAACGAAUUAAAGAAUUCGGUAGAUCAUCAGUAUUUGGGUAACGCAAGACGAAAAUCCAGACUAAAUAGGAAAUUUUAAUUUAGUAUUGGAUCAUGAUUUAUUUCCUCCUUGACUCAGUGAGAAAAUAUGAGAAUGAUUACGAAUAACGCGACAUUAUUAUACAUCAUACCUGGUAGUUUAGCGAAUCCAGAUUUCAUCGUAGAUUUAUAAACGUGCCAACCACAGGCGCCCUUCUCUGCUCUCUUGGUGCAAGUGCAUCUGGCCUCAGCGUGUCUGAUUUUAGUGUACUAGGCAUGUUAAAGUAAACCAGAAAUUGGAGCGAUCUCCAUAUUUUUCUACUUGGCACUCUCUUAGUCAUAAGAGGUCAUUGACCAUUUAGUUAUAACUCCCGAGAAUAAUCAAGACAAAAUUUAUCGUUAUGAAAUCAACACAACAUCAAGCAGAAAAGUGAUAACGAUAAAGAAAAAAUCAAUUAGAGGAUUAUUAGUUGAUCCGAUACCAAAUUCUCCAAACUAACAUCAUAAGAAUUGUAUAGCAGACAGUAAAGAGAAUUACUAUAGUGAUAUCGUAAGAGUGCAAUAGUUUAUAUCUGUUUUUUCGGCUCUAAAUAAACCGCAAUCAUGGAAAAUACAGCGUAAGUAACUGAGGGUUUUUUUCAUUGUGCUUAACGGAGUGAUGAGAAAGUCUUCGUCUCAAACCCCUCGCGACUUAAUCGCUCGACUCCAC